UUCCAGGUGGUCCCUGCCCAUGGCCAUGUCCAUCACCCACCGCGGCACCGGCAUCGCCCUCAGCCUGGGCGUGUCCCUGUUCGGCCUGGCCGCCCUCCUGCUCCCGGAGUCCUUCCCCCAUUACCUGGCCCAGGUGAGGGCCCUGAGCCUCGGCCCCGCCCUGCUCUGCUCUGCCAAGUUCCUGCUGGCAUUCCCGCUCUCCUACCACACCUGGAACGGCAUCCGGCACCUGGUGAGGGGCUGGCACGGGAAUGGGGAACAUUGGGAUGGGAAUGGG